GAUUGCGGGGGUCGCGCCUGCACUGUUCGCUGCGCUUCCGCUCGCGGGUCCCCGAUCUCGGUUCUGCGGGCGAGGAGGCGUCUCCACCGUCAUGGGGGGCGGAGACUUGAAUCUGAAGAAGAGCUGGCACCCGCAGACGCUCCGCAAUGUGGAGAAAGUGUGGAAGGCCGAGCAGAAGCAUGAGGCCGAGCGCAAGAAGAUCGAGGAGCUGCAGCGGGAGCUGCGGGAGGAGCGUGCCCGGGAAGAGAUGCAGCGCUACGCAGAGGACGUCGGGGCCGUCAAGAAGAAAGAAGAAAAACUCGACUGGAUGUACCAGGGUCCUGGUGGGAUGGUGAACCGUGAUGAGUACCUGCUGGGGCGCCCCAUUGACAAAUACGUGUUUGAGAAGACGGAGGAGAAGGAGGCGGGCUGUUCUUCUGAGACCGGGCUUCUCCCAGGUUCCAUCUUUGCCCCGUCGGGUGCCAAUUCCCUUCUUGACAUGGCCAGCAAGAUCCGGGAAGACCCACUCUUCAUUAUCAGGAAGAAGGAAGAAGAGAAGAAAAGAGAGGUGCUGAACAAUCCCGUGAAAAUGAAGAAAAUCAAGGAGCUGCUGCAGAUGAGCCUGGACAAGAAGGAGAAGAAGAAGAAGAAGGAGAAGAGAAAGAAGCACAAGAAGCGGAAGCACCGCAGCUCGAGCAGCGAGCGAGCCAGCAGCGAGGAUGAGCGCAGCCGGGGGAGGUCUCAAAAGAAGAUGGCCAAUCGCUCCCCUGUGUUGUCCAAAGCCGCCGGAUAUGGCUUACAGGUCCGGGACUCAAACCACACCCAGAGACUGCAGGGUCCUCUGGCGGCCGAGCCGAAGGGGGUGCACAGGCUGAGGAGCCAUUCCAGGUCCAGAAGCUCCUCCCACUCGCCCCCCAGACACACCAGCAAGAAGAGCACCAGGGACAGGAGGUCUCGGUCCCCAAGACCCAGCACAUCGCACAGCUCCAAGGCCAACAGGAAGGAGAGGGGCCGAACUAGGAGCCCGUCACCUAAAAAGGAGGCCUACCAGCGACGCCACGCUUCUGGCUACACCCGAAAGCUCUCGGCAGAGGAACUGGAGCGCAAACGGCAGGAGAUGAUGGAGAAUGCCAAGUGGCGGGAGGAAGCGAGGCUGCACACCCUGGAGAAGCACGGGAAGGAGGAGGAGCGGGAACGGAGGCUGGAGAAGCUGGACACCCGCGAGGGAAAGUUCAUCCACCGCAUGAAGCUGGAGAGCGCGGCCACCUCCUCCCUGGAGGAUCGGGUGAAGCGGAACAUCUACUCCCUGCAGAGGACCUCGGUAGCUCUGGAGAAGAACUUCAUGAAAAGAUGAAAACCAUCCCCUCAGUUACUGGGUGUCCAGGGAGGCUGCUGACCCCUUAGGCAUUCUCUUUAUAAGAGUUCAAAUGAUGUCUUCCCAAGACGUCAGACCACCACUGUUCAAAGUGACCCUCCUCCAUCGACUCCUGGCACCGCCCACUUACUUUGGGAACCAGUGCGACUUGCUUCAUGGGACCCACCAGGCGGUGCAGAGUGGGUUUGGACCACAGUUUUUUGAAUGAGUGACCAUCUUGGUGUGAGUGCCCAUCCUGCUCUGGAAGGCUGCUUCCUGUGGUCUUGACCCUCAAACAGUUCACCUGUGUGUGCAGACCCCUUCCACCGCCUCCCGAAAGACCAGACCUUUCGGAAACUUCUCUCCAGUCACCCAGAUAGCUUGUGUUUCCUGAGGUGAAUGAAGAUUUUUAUUUGAUUCAGUAGAUCAUGUGAAUCGCUUCUCGGUCUUUUGGCUAAGAUCAAGUGUGGUAGAGCGUGUGAGACUGAGAUUAGGUUAGGGAAGAGGGAUAAACAAUCUGAAGGGAGAAACACACACACGUGAACUGUUAAAACUCCACUCUGGUCUUUCAAACUGUAAAAUGGAGUGUGUAUAUGUGUAAAAGUGUACCUUUUACAUGCUUUAAAAACAAUUUUAACUUGGUAA